AUGAAUGUCAAUUUCGCGUCGGAACUGAUGCUUUCUUUGCGUUGUUCGUCGUCAUUCGUCAUCUCCCUAUCUCGUCGCGGUGUGUGUCUCACUUCAAAAUAUCAGAAUCUCUCAAAGGGGAGAAAAAGGCGGGGAAUCUUAGUUCCAAACCCUAGAAUUCUAAAACCCUCAAGUAGGAUCAGUUUGGUGGAGGGAACGGAAGAUUAAAGCGGGGCAGGAUGGAGGGGGAGAACGAAGAACUUAGCAUAGAGGAGCUCACGUCCAAUCUCUCUACAUACAGAGAACAACUUGAUAGCGUUCGACAACUUUUGGCUGAUGAUCCCGACAAUUCCGAAUAUGAGGACAUGGAGAAGGAACUUGGCGAGGUGUGCUAGAUGUCUUGUGAAGGGCAGGCCUGCUUCUCUACGCCACAUGUUAGAGAUCUUGGGAUUGUGUGUCAUUGCUUUAACUGAAGAACUCCUUGCAACUGCAAAGCAGAGUGAGGUCAUUGGAUCAGGCAUUGGUACCAGAAGUAGUGUGUCUCCGACAUUUGGUCAAUCUAAGGAAUUAGCAGACAACUCUGAUCAGUAUGGAAAGUUUCCUGUGGGCUCUAGAGUUCAGGCUGUCUGGAGUGAGGAUGGAGAAUGGUAUGAUGCGACGGUCGAGGCAAUCACCCCGAACGGCUAUUUUGUCGCCUAUGAUGAAUGGGGCAAUAAGGAAGAGGUGGACCCCGAUAAUGUUAGACCAGUUGAAACCAAUGCUCUGGUUGAGGCUGAAAGAGUAGCUGAAGCUACGAAACAGGCCAUCAAAAGGAAGAUUGCACAGGCUGCUUCAUCUGAUUUCCAGGCACGCACUUUACCAGCAAAGCUUCGCAUACAGCCUGAGGACCCUGAGGAUGUCAAAGUUACAAAGCGGAAGAAGAUACAUGCAUUCAAGUCCAAGAUGAGGGUUGAGCAGCUUGAAGUUGCACAGAAUAAGCGCCAGAAUGCAUGGCAGCAGUUCCAGACAACUAAAGGGAAAACUAAGAAGGUCGGUUUCUUCUCUGGCCGAAAACGAGAAAGCAUAUUCAAGUCUCCAGAUGAUCCACAUGGUAAAGUCGGUGUGACCGGGAGCGGAAAAGGUUUGACAGAUUUCCAGAGGAGGGAGAAGCAUUUGCAUCUCAAGGGUGGAUCUGCAGAAACCGACGAUUAGAGAGUGAUGGCCAUAUGCGUCCUGCCCACCACUACCCUAUGGGUUCACUGAACUUUAGAAAGCUUUGUCCUUUUGGUUUUCAGCAAGAUCAGUCAUUUUCCUUGCUGCCG